AUGGAAUACUUAUCCAGAAAGUUAGGGGCACUCAAAGAAAAUCCAAACUUCAACUAUCAUCCUAGAUGUGAGAAGCUUAGCAUUACCCAUUUAAUGUUUGCUGAUGAUUUGUUACUUUUUGCUAGAGCUGAUAUGAGCUCAGUUGAUCUAAUGUUUCAAGCUUUUAAGGAGUUCUCUGCUGCUUCAGGCCUAGCUGCAAAUCUAGACAAAAGUAAUGUCUAUUUUGCUGGGAUUAAUGAUGAUGAAAAAGACAGGCUUCAGCAAAUCCUUCAUAUCCCUGUAGGUAACUUCCCAUUUAAGUACCUAGGGGUACCUUUGCAAGUCAGGAAAUUGUUUUACUCUGAAUGUAAACCCCUCAUUGCCAAGGUGGUGGCUAGAAUCCAAUUAUGGACUGCAAAGAAGCUGUCUUAUGCUGGCAGAAGUCAAUUGAUUAGUUCAGUGCUGCAGGGUAUUCAGCUCUACUGGAGUCAGAUUUUCCUUCUUCCAAAGAAAGUAUUAAGGGAGAUUCAAUCUAUCCUUAGAAGUUUCUUGUGGUCUGGAACUAGUGACUCUAGAAAGGCUUUAGUUGCUUGGGAUGACCUAUGUUAUAAAAAGACAAGUGGAGGACUCAACUUCAAGGAGAGUAUCACUUGGAAUACAGCAGCUAUUGGGAAGUUUUUUUGGGCCUUGGCUCAAAAACAAGAUAGGUUGUGGAUUAAAUGGUUGCAUGCUUAUUACAUCAAAAGGAGGGAUGUCUGGAGUAUGGAGAUACCUAAGAGGCUAUCAUGGGCUUUGAAAAAAAUUCUAGAGGCUAGAAAUCACCUGGAGAAUCCAAUGCAAUGUCUGCAGUUUGAGCAUGAUGGUAAAUUCUCAAUUAAAAGUUCUAUUGGUUUUUAA